UUGACGGUACCAUUCCUUGUCCUUCGCAAUUUCUGGAUGCUUUUACUCAGGCAAAUCCUGAGUUUCUGUCAUGGCAUAGUCUCAAUCGACUUAUCAUGAGUUGGUUGUAUGCUUCUAUCUUUGAUUCUCUGUGGGACAGAUCAUUCACUUCUCCACUGCUUCAGAAAUCUGGUCUUCCCUCGCUCAGAUCUAUACAGUUACUUCUUUUUCUCAAAUAUUUGAGGUUCGAACGACUCUACAAACCAUCAAGAAGAAGGGUCUCUCGGCUAUUACUUAUCUUCAACAGCUAAAGGGCCUUUGCAACACACUUGCUUCUGUUGGAGAUCCGGUCUCUAACAAUGACACUCAAUGGAUUAGGUCCAAAAUAUAAUGUAUUUGUUACCUCUGUACAAGCCUAUGCACCCAAACCCAGCAUAGAGGAGGUACAUUCUUUGCUUCUCACUUACGAUGCUCAUUUGGAUAGACAACAUGCUGCUUCUACCAUUAGCUCCCUUCAAGCCAACUAUGCCCACUUACCUGUUCACAAACAGAAAUCCAAGACCCACCAUCCUACCUCACCAUCUUUGUUUUCCCCAUCCCAAUCUCCUAGACCUCCAUUUCGGCCCCAUACCUCCACCUCUGCAUAUUCUCCUCGACCCCAAGCUUCAUGGAUUUCCCCCUCCACCCUACCAAAUAACCACCCCUCCUCGUCCUAAAUGCCAAAUUUGUUUCAAAGUAGGCCAUACAACCAAUGCUUGUUAUCAUCGUACAGAUCUUCACUACCAUCCCCCACCACCCCCUCAACGUCAUUAUAAUGCAUACAAGUCCCAACAGACCACUCCACUUCAUUUCCUUCCUUCUACUGCAGCAACUUCGAAUAUUGUCAAUGAUCCGAACUGGUAUAUGGAUUCCGGGGCGUCGCAUCAUUUUACUCCUAAUCUGAACCUUUUGGAGGCAGCUCAACCUUUCCAUGGUGGUGCUCAAAUUCAAGUUGGCAAUGGACAGCCACCAAAUCCUCCUCAAAGGUCUACUUGAUCAAGGCAUCUACAAAGUCUCCUCCCCUUCUCAGCUGCCCCUUUCUUCGUCUGCUCCUGCUCAGCUGUUCCUUUCCACAAAGCAACCGAUCCCUGUCUGGCAUUCACGUUUGGGUCAUCCCUCUCAUGAUGUUGUUUCUCAUCUUAUUUCCAAGUGUAAUCUUCCCUUUUCAAAAUAUACUAGUACCUCUUUUUGUAGUUCCUGUCAAAUGGCUAAGUCUCACAGACUACCAUUCCAACACUCUGUAUCUCAGGCCCUUGAGCCUUUUGAAUUAAUACAUACUGAUGUUUGGGGUGCUUCCCCAGUUUCUUCCAUUAAUGGUGUUCGUUAUUUUGUUCUUUU